AUGGACCUUCGAUGGAUGAUGAGUCCUUCCUGCAAGUCGACAAGAGCAAAGUCCCUCGUCAACUAUUCGCAUGGGCCACUGUCUUGCCAGAUGCGGGGUGCGGGAAGUGUCGAACUGGAUAUUUUACCACUCAUGAACAGUGCAAUCAACUCCGUCAAACCCAAAAGUGGCGAUCAAGGACGAUCAGAUUUCAAGAGCCGUGAUUCAGAGGACCCGGCGGACAAUGGGCGGGUAAACCUCGCGGCGGAGAAGGUUCUAAGAAGCUUCCAGGUGCGUCAGUUCCAUGCCUUGCCAUUCAUGCGUCAUGUGCUGACACCCGACCCUUCAUAUCCAUAG